AUGUCAGAAAGCCCGGUUGAUUCCGUCAGAGAAUUUUACAGGGGUCGCCAUGUAUUUUUCACCGGUGCCACCGGGAUGUUGGGAACUGCCUACUUGAGUAGGUUGAUAUUGGACACCCCAGUUGAACGUGUGUAUGCACUUGUUCGAGGAGGCGAGAGUCGUUUAUGGGCCACCUGGGGCAACAGUUCACCUUCAGAUAUGCUGGACGCCCUCCGAACGUCAGAGAAGUUAACUGUCAUGGAAGGUGACAUUACUCGUCCUGCCGGUGGUCUCUCUCAGGCCGAUGUGAAGAUGAUUCAUGACAACGUGUCCAUUUUCAUACACGGUGCCUCUACAAUCAAUCUCCAAAAACCACUGCUAGAAAUAGGACGGGAAGUAGUCAAUCCUUCCCUAGCACUGGCGGGGAUGGCUCUUGGCUGUGCGAAAUUGACCCAAUUCGUCUACAUCUCAACCGCCUAUGCCAGCACAUUUCUUCGACAGACUACCGACGGGGGCUUGGAGGGAUCUGAUGCAACCAUUGCCGAAAACAUAAACCAAAUACGCCAUGAUCCCUCUAGAUCCGCAGAAGACGAACUUUCCGAUCUCAACACGUUAGGUUCGACUCCAGAAUACGAAUCCGUCGAAUUCCCUUUCCCUUAUAGUUACGGAAAGCACUUGGCGGAGAGACUUAUUUUGCGCCGCUUUCAUGAAGCUGGGCUUGAUAAGAAUGUGCUCAUUUUCCGUCCCUCGUGUAUCGGCCCGGCCGAAUCUCGGCCGCACGCAUUUUACGAAAUUCCAGGAUCGAGUCCAGGGACUACAUUCUUCGGAGCAUUGAUGGCGCUCCCUCCAACGAAAUUCACAUUCUCGACAACCCUCACGGAUCCAGGUGCUGCUACCCUCGAUGAGACGCCAGUAGACAUGCUCGUGAAUCGACUGAUUGUUCAUGUUGCUCGCGGGUCCAAUGGCUGUGUCCAUGCUGUUGCCGGCAUCAAAGGUGAACAAAAUAUCGAGGCGAUAAUUCAGGCCGCAUCCGAGUUUAGAAGAAGCUGGUGGGGGCGUCCUGAAUUGGUCUGGACUCAUGAUCACUGGAAGUCGGACAAGCAGUCUGCUCUCGCCAAAUUAUCGGUCAUACUCGGGUCUUCCUUUGCCUUUGACGAGUCUAAGACGGAAAGAAUCUGGGAUACGAUGUCUGAAUAUGAGCAGUCUAUUUGGCCCCUUUGGCCCCUCAGGAAUCUGUCCUUAUAUGAGUCGGGGAUUGGUCGCCAAGAAGCCGCGAUGGCGAUAACGGACCGCAUCAUUGCUCGUCAGUAUCGACUACCAAAAUCCUUCGUUAGGUUAUUCUACAAAGGCGCAACACCGAGCCAGAAAGACGAUAUAGCAGUUUGUAGCCUUGAUAGAAGUAGUGGGAUUUCGGGAGAGAGGACUAGUUCGAAGCUAUAA